CCUGUUGAAGAAAGCGUGAAAGGAAAGAAUCCGAUCAAAGCAUGAUUUCACCCAGAAAACCAUCAGAGUAAAUGAAAAGAAAGAUGGGAAAUUUAGGAGUACAGGAGAUGGAUGCUGGUGUUGUAGGUGUGGAGCUUACUCGCUCUUGGGCCAGCUUGCAGUGGGGUGGCACCAUUUCUGCUCUGUUAUUGUUACUCCUGAACCGAAUAGGGCCGAGGUCACACAUUCAGACUAACCUCCUUGUAAUUUAUCUCUUUAUAAGUUUCCCAACUGCGCUCUUCAAAAUCCUAAGGGGACAAUUUGGUCGUUGGGUUGCAUUGCUUGCUGUUGCCUUACACCUCUUCCUUCCUAAAACAUUUCCAGUUUCUCGCUUUAUCCUUUUUGUUAUCACACCAGACUGGGUGGCUGAUGGAGUGCGAGAUAACAUUGUUGGUGAUAUCCUUUGUCUCAUAAUUGGAGUUUUGCUUUGCAUAGCAAAAAUUUGUGAAAUUGGAGGACUUUGGAAUUUUGAAUGUAGUUUUAAUUGUUCUGCUUAUUUUCUUGUUAUAUCUCUCUUGUUCCUGUUUACAAUAUUGUAUCUGUGAUUGGGAAGUCGAUGUAGGUGGAGUUCCAGUGGAAGGAAUAUGUCUUCAAUUUCUUGAUUUGAACAAUGCCUGCUCAUGAGGCAUACUUAUUGAAUGAGAAUGAAUUCCUCAAACAACAAUUACUUAGCAGAUUUCACCUUGUUAAAUUCCUGACUUUCCUGUUGAACUGCUGUACCAUAACUAUUUAUUAAUGGUGGGUUGUCAACUCAAGGUUUUGAAUGUCUCCUUCCACUUUUGAAGUCCUUAACCAUAUAUGGAGGGGAUACAGUUACUAACACUUAGGAGUUAGGAGCCUAAUGGCUUUUGAUGGGUUGUGGUUCAGACUCAAGUUUGAUGGCUGGCUGGCUGCUCUGUCGACAGUGUUGUUAAUAGCGCCCGUUAUGGCACAAUUGCGGCAGAGCGUAGCACUUUGAAGGUUUGCCGCUACAAAAACAGCUAUAGCGUGGCAGUUUUUAUAGCGGAAAGCAGACGCUGUUAAUGCUUUUU